UAAAAGGUGAGAUGAGCCUCGAGACUCGGUAUUCCGUCUUGCAAUACAAAUUGGCAUCUUGAACUGAGUUUGAAGGCGGCAACAUGACAUCCCUUGUGCUGAGAAGUGCAGAUCUUCAGCAAACAUCCAAUGCAGCUCUUCAUAACACCAGUGAAUAUGUCUCCAAAGUCCCCAUUCUGAGAAGAGGUCUGCCGAUGAAGGUGACCUUGACAUUCAGUCGAGAUUUACAAAGCACAGAGAAUCUGGCCUUAGUGGUGGAAACAGGUCCAUCUCCUUCAGAAAGCACAAACACAAGGGCUGUAAUGCCAGUAUCCAGUUCUCCAAGCACCAAUACCUGGAGUGCCACCCGUGUAUCAAGCAGCGCUGGAACUAUGACUGUAUCUAUCAAUAUUGCUGUCAAUGCUGUCAUCGGACCUUACAAGAUUACUGCUCAAAUCACAAGUGCAGGGAGCACAAGCAAUUACGAUGUUGGAAAAUGUAGUGUCAUCUUUAAUCCUUGGACAUCAGGUGAUGAAGUAUACAUGAGUAAUGAUGCAGAAAAAAGGGAAUAUGUUCUCAAUGAAAAUGGAAUAAUAUUCAACGGAAGUGCAAGUUAUCGAUGGAGCAGAAUGUGGGAUUUUGGCCAGUUUGAAGAAGGAGUAAUGGACAUUUGCUUCCAGUUGCUACAGCAGAGUCCGGAAUACAAAGCAGACCGUGCUACACAUGUCUCAAAAUGUAAUGACCCUAUCUAUGUCUCAAGGAUUUUAAGUGCUAUGGUUAAUAGCCAAGAUGACAGGGGAGUAAUAGUGGGGAACUGGAGUGGAGAUUACUCAGGAGGUGAAAAUCCAACUUCGUGGAAUGGAAGUGUUGCCCUCCUUCGAAGCUGGAGUCAAUAUGGACCUGUUAGAUUUGGACAGUGCUGGGUGUAUGCUGGAGUACUUUGUACUGUACUGCGAUGCCUGGGGAUACCUGCCCGUGUGAUAACAAACUUUGAGUCGGCUCAUGACACCAAUAACAACCUAGUGAUUGAACAAUAUUAUGAUACAUAUGGAAGAAGUCUAGGAUCCCCUGACAGCGUGUGGAAUUUCCAUGCUUGGGUUGAAGGAUGGUUUAAGAGACAAGAUUUAGGUUCAAGAUAUGAUGGAUGGCAGAUUCUGGAUGCCACCCCACAGGAACCAAGUGGAGGCAGCUAUCGUCUUGGGCCGACUUCCCAAAAAGCUGUAAAAGAGGGAGAUGUGAACCUACCGUUUGAUGGACCAUUUGUACUGGCUGAAGUUAAUGCAGACAGAGUAAGCUAUAGCAGAAUGUGGGAUGGAUCAUUAAGCACUCUUUAUACUGAUACUUACUCAGUUGGGCAAUACAUAUCUACCAAAGCAGUUGGAACUUUCUUCCGUCAUGAUGUUACAAAUGAGUACAAAUAUCCAGAAGGGUCCAAAGAAGAAAGGGAUAUGUUUCAAAAAGCUCAGACAUUGUUGGCAAGACCAAUCACGCUUGCUAGCAUAAGACUGAAUGGAAGAGAAUCAUUUCACAGCAGUGCACCAUUGCGAGCCACACUAGCAGAAGAGUCAUCCGUCCAGGAAGCACCAAAACCUGAAAUCACUGGGGCCUUCAACAUAAGUGGGGAGCCACAGGUUGGAGAAGACUUCACAGUAACUCUGAAACUAAAAAAUCCUUCCUCUGGCAAAAAGCAAGUGAAUGCCAAGUGGUGUCUUACCGCAAUUGUAUAUAACAGAACUCCAGUGAAAGAAAUACUAAACGGUUCACAGUCGGUCACAUUGGCUCCUAAUGAAGAGAAAGCUAUAGAGAUCCCAGUACAGUACUCUCAGUAUGAAAAUGCCAUAACACCUGACAAUAUGAUCCAAGCCACCGCAGUUUGUCUUGAAGAAAAUGGAGGAAGUUUGUUGGUUGAUUCAGUUAUCACCUUGAAGAAUCCACCUCUCCAGCUAAAGGUCACUCAACGUGUUGUUUUGGGCAAAACUGUCACUGUGAACAUCAUUUUCACAAAUCCGAUUUCAGAGAAUAUUACAAAAUGUGUGGCAAUCUUAGAGGGCAGCGGCGUUCUGAAGAAGCCUUUUCGUGUUACUUUGCCAAAUCUGAAAGCCAAUCAGAGAGUAACAACCGAAGUCGAACUUACCCCAUACAGAAAGGGCAAAAGAGGCAUCAUUGUUGGUUUCUCCUGUGACAAAUUCUCUGAUGUGAAGGGUUUCCAGACUAUUGAUGUGGCAGCAGCUUAGUACUGACAGUGGUAC